AUGAAGAUCGAGCUUUCUCCCGCCCGGUCCCUGUUCACAGCCUCGACUGGACUGUGCGCAGAUAGCAUAGCGGCUUAUCCCUACGACACAAGAGGGGCUGAGACGUCUGCAGACUGGCCAGAAUUGUUUGCUCUCGGCACGUACGAGGUCGAGCAGUGCGAUUCAAGCGCCAAACAAUCGGCCUCUCCCCUGGCUGAUGGCGGCGAAUCAGACGAUGAGGAACAGCAGCCAUCGUCUUCUUCGCCCGAAUAUACUCGACGGGGGCGUAUACUGCUGUACCGGACGCAGACGUCCAGUGCGAUCUGCGAAGAGAGCGCUACGGACGAAGAUUGCAGAAUAGGCGUUCAGCUCGCUUACACGAGCGAGGAUGCUGCAGCAAUUCUGGACAUGUGCUGGUACGUCUGGCAUGGGCUGUGGUGUGUUGCUCGGCACGUGAAUUGACGUUUACCAGCUGAUGUUCGGAUACGGCGCUUGUAAGGCUUCCAUUGCCGGCUCUCUACCCAUCGUCUCAAAGGCCUGAAAGAGAGAUGGCACCUCUGUGUCUGCUCUCGGCGCGAGCAAAUUCGAGCUUGUCGCUUCACAGUUUGAGGUCUAAAUCGAGUUUGCCGUCGCCUGGAACCAGUCGUGGGUGCUCUUACUCACUGCAGCAGGAAGCCACAGUUCCUCUGAGUACGACGACGAGCGGUGUGCUGGCUCUCUCCAUCGAUCAGUCUGCCAAGCACGUGGCAGCAUCAGAUUUUGGUCAAGUCGAUUCUAGCGUCGUCGUUUCUCAAUCAGAUGGCACACUCGCCCUGAUACCAUCUCUGGAUUUCACCAUACACGAUUCAGCAGUCCACGAAACAACUUUUCGCGCUUCAAUCGGGAAAGCAUCGUCAGGUUCUAGAAUCCUUGCGCACGACGAGACAGCAGGUCUCGAAGACGAGAGCGACGAGGAAGAAGAAGAAGAAGAAGAAGGCGAGAAGCCGGUAAGCCUUCAGAAAGCCUCUUGCACCGCCAGACAUCCCUCAAUCCAGGUCUGGCGAGCUCAUGAUCACGAAGCUUGGAUAGCAGCAUUCGAUCGGUGGAGCGAGGGUAACGUUUGCUGGAGCGGUGAGUGGCGAAAUUUGUGGUAUGACGCAGAACUCGAAGCGAGCUCCAGGGUGUGAAGGUGUCCUGGACGCCGCUCGACACUGUAAGCUGAUUCGUGGCCUGCCACACCCUUCUAAUGCAAAUGCAGGCGGGGACGACCUGACGCUCAAAGGGUGGGACCUGCGCACACCAUGUCGUAGCGGUCGCCGGGAGAGCACUUUUGCGUGUCGCCGGUGAGUCGUGCUACAGUCGAGCCACUAAAAUAAUUCGCUGAUUCUCGAGGUUGAUCAUCGUAUUUGAAUGCAUAGCUUUGAAGGCGGCGUCACGGCCAUGCAGUCUUCCCACCUGAGGCAACACUUGUGGGCCGUUGGGAGGUGCGCACCCGUCCCGGAAGGAGUCGCUUGCCUCGGUGCUGACUUUGCUUUCACGACUCGCACGACCCGCAGCUAUGAUGGACAAUUGCGCCUUUUCGACGCCAGACAGCCCCAGAGGCCUUUCGAGCAGGUUGACAUGGGAGGCGGCAUUUGGCGAACAAAGUGGCACCCUACCGAUCCGAACCGCUUGCUGAUAGGAGCCAUGCACGCUGGCUUCAGAAUUGUUGCGCUCUCGCCUCCUUCCACCAAACUCGCUUCGGAGACGAUGUGGAAAGACGCCAGCUUGAGCCCGGAAAUUCACACAACUUUCGAGGAACAUCAGAGCUUGGCUUACGGAUGCGAUUGGAUAAGCCAAAGCAAGUUUGAUCGGAAGGCGGACAACUUGGUGGCUUCCUGCUCGUUCUACGAUAGGCGUUUGCACGUUUGGAGGGCUAGCUGA